CGCAUGUGAAGCCCUCUGUGACAUGCUUGCGUGUAAAAAGGGCUAUACAAAUAAAUUUGAUUUGAUUUGAUUUGACCAAACCUCAUGGUUUGUUGGUCAAAGGUAGUAUACGCUCAAAAUACACUUUAUAUUAUUUAUUUUAAUAAAAACAAAAAAUAAAAUGUAGAAUUAAUCAUUGCUGAAUCUAGUCAAUAGAAAAGGGGUCCUAUUAACCAAUCUUCACCUUUUCAGAGUCAGAAUUCCAACUGACAGAGGAAAUUGCAUUUGUUUUAACUGAAUGGGUUGUAAAUUUUUUAUCAGCAAGUUUCUCAGGUCAGCAAACAGAGAGCCUAUCAGUUACUGUGGGUGUCAGUUCCUUGUCUGUGUCAAAUGUUGUUUUUUAACCCAAGACAAACAUCUCCUCCAUUGUUCUAAAUAAAGCAACUCCUCUCUCACCAGCCUGGCCUCGGCCACACUACUUAAACCCCAGUGAGAGAGAGGGCUGCUCUUUAACAGAAAUGCCCAACUAGUUAGCAGAGGUCAUGACGAGGCUCCUUCUGCUGUUGGUGGUUAGCGCUCUGCUCCAUCCUCCCCACGGCUGUAUUUCGGUGUGUCCUAAGAAGUGUGUGUGCGACAAGGAGGUGUUGUCAGUGCAGUGUUUCAGAGUGCAGGCAGUUCCUUCUGGAAUCCCAACCGACACCAGGAGACUCAACCUGGCGUACAACCACAUCAAGGACCUGAAGGGUAGAGACCUGUCCAGCCUGGGGGGUCUAGAGGAGGUGGUCCUGUCUUCCUGUGGGGUAGAGGGGCUGGAAGCUGGCGCUCUCAGAGCCCAGGAGGGCCUCAGGACUCUUGACCUCCAGAACAACAAGCUGCGGCAGCUCCCCCGCGGCCUGCCCCCCAGCCUGGAGAUCCUGCACCUGGGCCACAACCGACUCCAGGGCCUGGGGGAGGCGGCCCUGGAGGGGCUGCGGAGGCUGAGGCUGCUGGACCUGCAGCACAACCACCUGUCCUCUCUGAGGGCCGGCGUCCUGGCCAACCUGGUGCGCCUGGAGACGCUGCUGCUGGAGGGGAACCGCAUCGAGACGGUCCAGGGCUCUCUCAGGCUCCCCCAGCUCAACCUGGUCAGCCUGGCCCACAACAAGAUCCCCUCCUUUCCCUCUGCCUUCUUUUCGCAGACCAAAUCUCUGAGGACCCUCAGUCUGCAGGGGAACCUGCUGACUCGGGUGCCCCCCGGCCUCCCCCACUCCCUCUGUCUCCUGGACCUGGGCAGGAACCAGGUGAGGGCUCUGAGGAGCCGAGAGAUGGCCCAUCUCCGUAACCUCUCCUCCCUCUCCCUGUCCCACAACCGCCUGGGCUCUGUGGACGGGGGUCUCCGGCUGCCCAGCCUGGUGGAGCUGGAGGUGGCAGGGAACAUGCUGAGGGCCAUUCCCAGCAGGCUGAGCCCCCGACUGGAGAGGCUGGACUGCAGGCAGAACCUCCUCCAGGAAGUGACCCAGCAGCAGGUUUCGGGGCUGAAGCAGCUGAAGCAUCUCUUCCUAGAAAACAACACCAUCCGUAGCUUCGAGGCCAACGCCCUGAAGAACAGUGGGCACCUCACCAACCUGGCUCUGGAGCAGAACCUGCUUGUGUCUAUCCCCGCAGGGCUGCCGGAGAGUCUGGUUCGUCUGGACCUGAAAGGGAACCGUCUCCAGACCGUCCAAGAGCAGGAGCUGCGCUCUCUGAAGAGGCUCCAGGUGCUGAAUCUGCGCAGGAACCGUCUUUACUCCCUGCCCCCUGCCACGCCGUACCUGUUGCCCAGGCUCAAGAGCCUCUACCUGGAUGGUAACCCCUGGAAUUGCUCCUGUGUGCUCCAGAGCUUGACGAGGGCCCUGCGCGACCGUGGUGUGGAGCUACCCAACGAGCCCUGUAGCCAGGAGCCAAUCAAAGAAGCGGGGGGCACGACGGGGGACGGGGCUGGGUGGAGACUCUACAUGGCUGAGAGACACAGGUGUGAGGGGGAGGAGCCUGUGAUCCGAGACACUGAUUAUGAUGAUGAAGUAGCUAACGGCCAAGAUGAACAGACCGACAGCGAGGAAUACUACGAUUAUGAUGGAAUGUAAACCAAAAGGUUGACUUUUAAUGAGUAACACCUAUGACAUUCACUAUACUGUCCUAUACUAUCGUAUUACAUUUUAGAUUUACAGACUGCUUGGACGUUUACAUGGAUUGUGCGUUGUCAUUUUACAGAAUAAAUUUAAAAACUCAAUUAUUCCCUAUGUAUUUUUUUUUCGCACCAUCAGGCAGCUUUCUCAGGAGUAAUAU